UGUGUUAUCAGACCAAUCCAUCCUGAAGAAGGAAGAAGUGAUGGAGGUGUGGAACAGUGGUGAAGAGGAGGGACUGACUGAACUGGAGGGCUCCUCAGACACAAUGACAGCCCUGACCACCUCCAAUCACCUCCUCCUCCAUCACAGAGCUAUUAACGACUCCAACUACACCACCACCAACAACAUCACCUACUUCCCUUACUACCAGCACUCCCUCCCUGUGGCUGCUAGCUUCAUCCUGGCCUACCUAUUCAUCUUCCUGCUGUGUAUGGUGGGCAAUGUACUGGUGUGUCUGAUCGUGCUGGGGAACCGUCGCAUGAGAACCGUCACCAACCUCUUCAUCCUCAACCUGGCAGUCAGCGAUCUGCUGGUGGGCAUCUUCUGCAUCCCCACUACUCUUGUGGACAACCUCAUCACAGGCUGGCCGUUUACCAACACUGUGUGUAAAAUGAGUGGUCUGGUGCAGGGGAUGUCUGUAGCUGCCUCAGUCUUCACCCUGGUGGCCAUUGCAGUAGACAGGUUCCGCUGCAUUGUGUACCCUUUUCAACCCAAACUCACCCUAAUAGUUGCCAAGGUGACCAUAGCGAUGAUCUGGGUCCUGGCUGUGGUAAUCAUGUGCCCCUCAGCAGCUGCCCUGACCGUGGUGGAAGUGGCCGAUCACUACAUGGUGUAUAACCAGGACUACAACAAGACUUACCCCCUGUACUCCUGCUACGAGAACUUUGCCGACCCGAAGAUGCGGAAGGUCUACACCACAGUGCUGUUCGCCCACAUCUACUUGGUGCCCCUGGCUCUCAUCACUGUCAUGUACGGACGCAUCGGCGUGAAGCUCUACACCUCCGUGGUGUCAAGAAGAGAGCCUCGGGAUGCAGCACAUCCUCCUCCUCGAGCCAGGCAUGAGGGGGGCAGGCAUCUGAUCUCACAGAAGAAGAUCAAGGUGAUCAAGAUGCUGAUCGUAGUAGCCCUGCUGUUCAUGCUGUCCUGGCUGCCCUUGUGGACUCUGAUGCUGCUGACAGACUACGCAGGGCUGGACGAGGAGCACCUGGAGCUCCUGACUGGAUACAUCUUCCCCUUCGCCCACUGGCUGGCUUUCUCCAACUCCUCUGUCAACCCCAUCAUCUACGGAUACUUCAAUGAGAACUUCAAGAGGGGCUUCCAGGCAGUCUACCAGACCAACUCCUGCUGCCGCCCGGGAAAUAGGGUUGAGGUAGCAGGGAGGGGAAACCGGGAAAGCAGAGCAGGGGGUGGGGGUAAUGGUGGAGAGGGUGGAGGCGGCCUGAGGGAGCCUACAAGCAACCCCAAUCCUCUCCCAUUUGGGGCUAGAAACAAAGUGUAUACUGACGGUAAUGUGAUGCACUCUGUCCAUCUUGAGCUGGAGUUGAAGAAAAAUUCUAAGGUGGGAAGCAACACAGUCCAUGUUGAGGUUGGGGGGACUGGGGCAGGCGGAGGAAUAGGGAAUGGAAAUGGGAUGAACAAAAAGGGGCUACAGGUUGACGAGCAGACCAGCCCAAUGGGAGUUUGUCAGGCCUGGGAUCAUUAGUGGGGAUGUAAACCGUGGAGGUGCUUUCAGCAUCCCUAAUAAUAUUUUACGUUUAGAUGUACAUUACAUUUACAAUCUAAACGCAUACUUAAUGCAUAGAAAAGAUAGGCACCAUCUUAUUUUCUUUUCUUUCAGAUGGCAUGUGUGGACUCAUUGUGAAGGAAGUGGACUCAUCUCAACAUUAGAUUAGAUCGUAUAGGGAUUUGAAUAUGUCUGACAAACUAUAAUCUAAGAGCCACUAAGUACUCUCCAAACACCAAAGAUAGACUUGAAAAGAAAGAGAACAAAGCAAAGCAAAGCAAAGACAUCAAUCAUGGUGAUACCCUUAUUCUGUUUUUGCUUGUAAUAUGAAUUAGUGGAAAAUGAAUUCUGUUUUGCUCAGUGAAGAUUUCUUUGAACAUUGUCAGCAAAACAACGAGAGGGGAUAUAGUUGAGACUAUUUCAUGUCAACGUUUUAGCCCUAAAGUAGUCUCAAUCUGAACACUGUCAACAAUAUAGAAGUCUCUUAAAAUGUCUCAAAGAACAUAAUGCCUCAGAAAAAGGCAGUUUGGUUCAAUUCAAUCUUGAAACUUGAAGCAAAACAAAUUUCCGCACAGAGGGGAAGUGCAUUAUCUGAUACUACAGAGCACAACAAAUCAAAUGAUAUCUAAUUAAAUCAAAGGUUAUUCAUCGUAUACACAGGUAAGCGGUGCAAUUAAAUACUGAGCUACCUCAACAUUGCAGCGAAAUAUAAAAAAUAAAAAAGUAAAAUAAGAGUAAUGACUAACACAAUAAGUUAUACGUUUUAAACAACUAUUAAAAAGUAUACGGGUGGAAAAUAACUGUUUUGGAGAAGCAGUAUUGGACUGAAAUCUAGUCCCUGUCGCUUGUGAAAACAGGGACCAAACUAUUUAUUGAUCAAUACAUUUGUACGUGUUACUGAACAAGCAUAUCAGUUUAAUAAGGAGUGAGAAAGUUGUAUUUUAUGUAAGGCUUUAUUAAAGUUUUCUGAGAAUGCCCUUACUCUAUAGGACUGAUGAAAACGCCAAAAGGGGCUGAGUCAAACAUAACAAACGCUCACAAAUAUUGCUAAGGGCUAGUCAGACAGUUUUUCUAACUAGGGAAAUAUUCAUAUGCCUUGCCUAGAGUUUGGUAGGACCAAAUGUAUGUGUAUAAACCAGGGUUUCUUAAACUGUAGAUCGUGACCCUAUGUUGGCCCUGGGCAUGUGAGAGGUGGGUCAAGAGUUAUGAGAAUACAUAUCUAAUCACACAUAAUUUAUUCUUAAUUUGGGUCACUGGAGGACGAUUUGGGUCACUGGAGGACGUUACACUUCUAAUUUUGGUUUCAAACUUGAAAAGUUUAAGAACCCCUGGUAUAAAGCAAUGAUUUAUAUAUACACUAGAUGACUGACGGGGUGCCAUUCAUGCUGUUCACAGCGUAGUAGCCAGGGCAACAAAAAAACAGAAAAGAUGAGCCUCGCACAUCAACGCUCUUUACCCACUACAAUGUUUACUUUAUGCAUCUAUAUCAUAUCACUGAGGCUACCUUUCCAUUAUAUUAUGUGAGCAAAACAUACAAAUACAAAAAUAUGUAAAAACAUUUUUCUUAAAGUAUAAUUUCUAGACAGUACCUAAUGUUACUGUCUCCACUAUGACAAAAAUACUUAAAUACAUGUCAUUGUGUGCUUGAAACAUUUAAUUGAAAUACUGUAGAAUUCCAUUUAUUCCUUUGGAGGACUGCUUCUUCUAAGGAGAAUCAAUAUGGUCGUCCAGUGACUUCAAAGCCUCUCAUUGGCCAAUAUAUAGCAUCUGCAAUCUAGAGUUUAUAUACAUCCCUAGUAUAAACACUAGAGGACUGACAGGGGCUGCUGUUUUGAAGCCACUAUGCAGCCAUUUUUGUAUUCCUCCACCAUUGUAAACAUUUUUUUUAUUCCUGUGUACAUUAGUUUUACAAACAACAUUUUAUUACAGACACCUUAAUGCAUACUUUGAACUUAAACAUUUUAAUACAAAAUAUAAAACAUCAAAAUCCACAAAGAAAUUUUUAUUUGGACACAAAAAUCCAAAUUUUGCAAUGGCCAGCUCAGUCUCCGGACAUGAAACGCAUAGAAGAGGGUAGUCCAUAAGUGCAGACAAAGGAUUUCAAGGAUCUGGAAGGAUUCUGUAUGUAGGAAUGGUCUAAGAUCUCUCCCAAUGUGUUCUCCAACUCAUAAAACAUUGUAGAAAAAGGUUCAGUGCCAUUAUCCUCGCAGGGUGAGGUAUUGAAAGGUAUUGAAAGGUAUUGAAAACGGGGGUGUCAAUAUUUUUUUUAUAAAAAAGUAUUACUUGUUAUUAAACAAUCUCUUUCUCUGAAUUAGUAUAAAAUAAUAUAAUUUCCUAAAUUUUUCCAGCAUACAAUAUAAUUUAGCAUUUUAAUUGUUUAUUUUAUACGGUUAUUUUGAAGGGUGUCAAUAAUUUCAACCCCACUGUACAUCAUUGGGUAGACUUACUCAGGUGCUGAAAAGACAGAGCACUAAUUCAACUGAAAAGCACGCUCAGGUCAGAGGUAUGACACAAAAAAAUUGCUAUUUUUCUAUUCCAUAUGUCAUUGUUAAGCAAUGUUGUUAUGGUUACUGUACCCAUAGAGACCUAAUUAAUUUACUACUAAUAUAGUUUUAAUGGUAAUCAUCUGGCAAGUCCUUACAAAACUCAAUCUAGCUAAUAUUUUAUAGAACACAAGAUAACAAACCGUAACCUGAUAAGACAAAUACAAUCUAAAAAAAGAUAACAGCCUCAUUUGCAACUGUUUAAAUAUCAAAGCGGCUUGCUUGCAAAAAGAUCUGCUGAAUAAUGUUUGUGUUAGUCUUUACACAGUAUGGUUGCUAUGGCGUUAUGCUGCUUGGUGUACUGCAAGCCUCCACAUUUGUGUUGCGUACAGUAUAUUGUAUUAUGUGGUUUAUUUUGUGGUGGGAGCUUUGUGGGCAGGAGGGGAUGGGGCGAAAGGAGAAAGCAUGGCGUCAACGGCUUUUCAGAUUCUCCCAUUUACAGACUGGAAAUGCAUGCAACUGUUGUUUGUUUAAAGGAAGCAGGGUUGGGGUUUAUUUCAAAUGUGUCAGUUUUGUCAAAUAACAUUUCCUCUGUGGUGAUGUGUGGGAGUAAAAAACAGUGCCAUCAGGACCAGAGUAGAAAUAACAGAUAAAAACAAGGAUCUGCUGAGACCCUCGGUAAAUUUAAUAAAUAUUGGACAAAAACUGCAAAAAGCUUGUUGUCAGAACAACAAAGGAUGUCCAAACUGGAUUAGGUGCUGUCCAGACAGGUAGUAGCACGGCUGAGGUCUCAGGCCUGUCUUCACCAUGAUCCUCCUGAGAAAGAAAUAGAGGAAAACAGAAGACAGGGUAGCUUUGUUUAGGCAGUGGCAUGGCACCAGAUAAGCUCUGGCCCAAUCCUAAUGUCAACCUUAAGUCCUCAUGCCCUUUGCACUUUGGAGAUCACAUCUCACUGGAAAACCUUGAGGAAUAUUGGAUUUUCAGUUUACCUCCUGAAUUAAAUUGGAAAGUGUAUUGACCCAAUCUGUAAUGGAAGUGUUUAUGCAGUAUACAUGAUUCUAUGUUGACACAGACAGAAGGCUACUUACUGCCUGCUGACACAGGUAUAAUUCUGACAACUGGAAGCCUCUCCUGUGAGGCAAACCUACCAGGUUGUAGUAGAAUGUUUUUUACAAUACCCAAAUGGCAUUUUGUAUAUUUUAUUUAACGAUGGGAUAAGAGCCACUUUGUAUAUACUAAUGCAGGAUCAAUGUAAUUAACCCAUUACAUCUUAUUAUUGUCAGAUUACUGUUUGUGUUAUCUAUUUGUAGUGGGAGUGGUGUUUGAAAAUGUAUGUUUAUGUAUCCUGAUAUUAUUGAUGUUCUGGGAGUAAUUGUUUUAUCAUAACAAACCAUGUUUAACUUGAGUUCAUGUUGCAAUGACAGAUUAGUCCAAAUUAUUCAUAUUACAGAUUUCAAUCAAAUCAAAUUGAAAGUAAUCAGUGCUAUUAAUUGAAUCUGUCUUGAAACAUGAACAUGGUAAUUGUGAUAAUUGGUUGCUAUGCUACAUGUAAAUUGAUACUCCACCAUGUGUUUUAAAUGGUGCCUUGCAUUGAAAAUAGUCUAUAAAGUGGGUGGAGGAACAUUGCUUAAUAAAUGUAUUUUGAAAAUGCAGUGUAAGGUGUUCUGCACUUAAAAAAGAUGAUAGAAGUUUUCUAAUCAUCCUUCUCUUAAAGAUCAUACCGCAUUUGGGUAAACAGCGCAACUGUUCACCACAGCGUCUGUUAUUGUUUUUGUUGAGAGUAGCGUCUGGCAGAAUGG